AUGCGAAACGAGACCGAGCUUAGCCCAUCUGCAGUCGCCAAUUUCGUACGGGGAGAGCUUGCGAGAAGCCUAAGAUCAAGAAGUCCUUAUACAGUCAACCUUCUGCUCGGUGGUGUGGAUCCGAUCACACAACAGCCCAGCCUGUACUGGUUAGAUUAUCUGGCGUCUUUGGCCCCAGUGCCCUACGCAGCACAUGGUUAUGCACAAUACUACUGCCUUUCUAUUCUUGACAAACAUCAUCAACCCGACAUCAGUUAUGACCAAGGGUUGAAGCUGCUCGAGAUGUGCACCGACGAGUUGAAACGCAGAUUACCCAUCGACUUCAAAGGAGUCUAUGUCAAGGUGGUGACAAAAGACGGCAUAAAGGAUGUAAAUUUUGACCAUGGCAACAACAAGCAAGCUGUUAGCGCUUAA